AUGUACAGGCUGACUCUUACUCAUGAUCAGAGUGAUGUCUCUAAGAAGGCAGUCAAAAUCAAGCCAGCGAAUCAUCCUGCCGAAUCCUUUGACCUUGCACACACUCAACGAUUCACAAAGGGUGCCAGCCCAGAAGAAACAGCACCAGAGACCAUACUGCGGUCAGCUUGCGCUAAACAACAUGAACAAUGCGCUGAGCUUCUCCAAUCCUCAUUUGGGCGCGAGAUCGAUAUCGCCAAUAUCAUCCCCCAGAAGAAUGGCUUCGUUCACGCCGCCAUCGAGGCCUAUAGUCAUCACAGGGCGCUGGUCGUGCGCCCAGACGACGUUUGGCUCUCUAUCCUCACGCAGUUCAGCGUCUACGUGAAUGCCCAUGCGGAGGAGCUGAGGUCAUCGUUUGUCGCGCAUCAAGGGAAGAAGGAGCUGGUGGUCAGCGCCGGCGGCGAUCGCUAUAGUGUGGAUUUCGGUGAUAUGGCGCGGCAGAUGACUGGGCUGCUUCACAAGAACUUGGUGGACCCGGAGUUGAGGGACUGGAUCCUGCCGAUCUUCUCAACCACGACCAUCACGGACAGUACGGUUGCGUCUAUUGUGAUGAUGGCGACGAUGAAGAAGUACUUCUCGUUCAAGUUCUCAUUGAUUUGCGGCAUUCCGCAAGUCAUCAUUGACGGUACGAAGGACGACUGGGAGGCGAUCCUCGCUCGGGCUGAGAAGCUGAAGGAAUACGGAUUGGAGACGGCGGCGUGGUAUCACCUCUUGCGGCCCGUGCUCAUGCGCUUUGUGCAGGCGUUCGAGGAGCCGUCUACCACCGGGCUCAGAGGUUUCUGGGGCAAGGUCGCACAUUACCACAGCGGUGGGAGCGGGCCGACCUAUCUCAUGGGAUGGAUCACCGCGUUCUGCGUCUUCAACGAGGACGGUGAUUGGCAGGGUCCGCGACUGCAGAACACCGAGAUAACCACCGAUUUUGCGUCUUUGAGCACGCAGGAGUUUGCGUCGCGAUACUUUACCCCGCAUCCUGAAGGCGAUCCUUUCGUAGGAGACCUGUACCUCUCCCUGGAUGGGACAUUUUAUCCUCACGUCGACAGCGACAAGGUUCCGCCGGGGUAUGCGGAGGUAGACGUCAAGUUGGACGAUAAUGGAGAGAUACUCGAUACGUUACUGGUCGCUGGAUCUGUUGGCAGCUUGAUCUCCGACAGUGGGGAUCAGAGCUUGUCCAAGACGGGCGAACGAGAUACGGUGAAGACCCUUCCGGGCUGGUGGAUGUUCGUGAAGAACGGAAAGGUCGAGGAGUAGUAGGCUGGUGACUGUACAGUAUUCUGUGAUAAAAUGAUACACA